AUGCGCAGAUCACACUCGAAGCCCGGCGUACCAGAGACUGCGAGUGGUGAAGAGAUCGACUGGGAGCUGAGGCCCGGUGGGAUGCUGGUUCAGAAGAGAGAAGAUGAAAUCGAGUCUGCUGGCCCCAUGAUCAAAAUCAUGCUCUCGCACGGGUCUUACCAGCGGGAGGUCAAUGUUCCUGCGCAUUCUACUUUCGGUAAUUCCAUCACUCAUCUUCUAGCCUUUCCUUUCUCUCCUUGUCAAAUUGGGGCUUUGCUUGUCGACUGAGAUCAUCCUGCGGUGGAUGUAAGAGAAACUGACAUAGAAAUCGGCGUCUUGCUCUUUCCAAGGGGAAUUAAAGAGAGCUCUUGCCAAGGAAACUGGAUUGGAGCCGCACGAACAAAGGUUGCUCUUCAGGGGAAAGGAAAAGGAUGAUGAUGCUCAUUUACACAUGGCUGGUGUCAAGAACCAGUCGAAAGUCGUCCUCAUGGAGGAUCCCGCGAGCAAGGAACGUAAACUCGCGGAAGUGAAACAGCACCAGGGGAUUUCCAAGGCCUGUGAAGAUGUUUGUAGUGUGAGGGCCGAGGUGGACAAACUUGCUGAGAAGGUCCGCAUAUUUUAUUUUUUCAAUUCAUUAUUCAAAAUAAUAUUAAGUGCGUCGGGUGCAGAAUCUUACUGCUUCAGGGCAAUGUUGUUCAAUAAAAUGUGUAGGUUUCAGGAUUAGCUUCAACAGUACACGGGGGCACGAAAGUUGCGGAGAAGGAGUUUGUGAUUUUGCCUGAGCUGCUUAUGAGGCAGCUCCUAAAGUUGGACAGCAUUGAGGCAGAGGGAGAAGCCAAAGUUCAGAGGCGCAGUGAGGUCGUAUUUAAUUUCUCUUUCAUAUUGACGUUAGUUUUUCUCAAAAAAUCCGCGUUUUUUGCUCUAUCAUUAGGCACGAAAGUCGCUCGUAUGAGGUUUUUUAUCUACGAGAGAAAUAAUCGUUUCAACCAUAUUCAGAUUUCGUUCUCUCAAAGUUUGGAUAUGAUCAGAUGUAUAAUGGGUAUAUUUUUGGGGAAAUCCAAUGCUCACUUAUUUCUACUGAAGUUAUUCUUAACAAUAAAAUGUCAGAAUAUUUGUUUCUUAGGCGAAUGUUUCUUGUUCUAAAUCCGUGCUUAAUCUUGUUUCUUAUUUCCUAGCAAUAAGAACUAGAUUUAUGACUUCAGUGGCGAAUCCUGUUGGCCAAAUUCUCUAUCGCCUCCUGAGUUGACGGGGCUGACUUAAAAAACUGGGUCAUCUGUUGAUUUCGGUAGUACUCAGAGGACAUGGAUUAAAUGAAGAACCGAAGUUGAUGGGAUCGGAUUACAUCGUGUCCAAAGCCUCUUGUUCAUCAUAAUUUUUGUAUUACGCGGGAAAAUAAUCUUGAAUGAUGAUUAAUUUUCCUCCUUUAAUCAAUGCCCCUCUCUUCGAUUUUUCUAUUCUCACUUAAGAAACAGUGAUCUUCCUAACGUGUAUCUAUGUAUAUCGUUUAUGUUGUUCUUAUGAUUGUAUAUGAGUUUUGCGAUUUAAUUAUUAGAAUUAAACGAGUAUCUGACACGCAUAGAAUGCAUCCGUGUACACUGCUUAGUCCUUUACUUAAUGUUUUAGGCCUUUGAUCUUUCUGAUUCCAAUUCCUUGCAUAAUAGCCUACUUGCGAUCUGAGUGUUUAGAAUCUAAGCGUAUAGAACUCAGAGAAGAGAAAUAAGCCAAGACAGGAAGCGAUUAUCUCACUUUGGAGAGGGGGCUCUUGCUGAUUUGUUGCCAGGUGCGGCGGGUGCAGAGCUUGGUGGACACACUCGAUGCCCUGAAGGUGAGGAACGCCAGCCCGUUCAGAAGCAGUAGCAGCAAGGCUGUCUCGGUGGCGACCCAGUGGGAGACCUUCGACUCUGGCUUUGGGAGCCUGACUGCGCCACCUCCCAGAGCAGCCCCUGCCGAGACAACCCAAGACUGGGAGCUCUUUGACUAG